CAGCUUUUGAAACAACCAACCUUCACCCACAUCCCUUCACUAAAAAAAGAAUAAAAAAAAAGAUUACUCUCCAUGUGUUCAUUUCAUUUCAUUUCAUUUCAUGUCAUUUCAUGCUUAUCAAGAUCAACGGGGUUUCACCGUUUCUCUACCACUUAUUCACUUAUGCAACAUUGGUGAAGAUCUACCGAAAAGAUCUACUUGGAAAGAUUCCAUAGUAGAUUCCAGUGUCCGGCGGGAUCAUCGCCAAGUCGCAACCGAACAACAACAAAUCAAUCAACGGAUCAUGGCUUGGACGGCAACAAUGCCGCAGUUUGCAUAACUCCGCUGACAGCUUGACUUAUCUUGUGGCAGGGAGGGCUUGGGUAAUGUUCCCAGGACGCUAUUUCCGGUACUUGCACAGCACCCCAGCAAGCAGGGGUAAUGAUGGGGGCCACUGCCUGCGGCCCGUAUCCGCUGGCCUGUCACACUAAAGCUGAUGACCUCCAGCAUUCAGAAUUGCGAGUCUGUUGCUAUUUUGAAUCUGCCAACUUCAGGGACUGCCCCCCUUUUUUCCCCUCUUAGAAUUUCGGGCAAUUGGUCGGCUUAUUGGGUACACUUUUUGUACGGCACAUCCCAAUCCCUACACACACAGUACAGACAAGACGUACGCCCGCCUCGCCCUCGAAUAGAACCGAAAUCGACCGCUCACAUUCCUGCGUUUUUGAUGAUAUUCUAGUGUUGCCGAAAAAACGCCAGGGAAAGCCCUGAACCCCGCCUUUCUUACUCCGUCCCCGCUGCAGUGAACACACCAUGCCAAACCGCCCUACGCCAUCUCCGUCGCCCUCGCCCACGCGCGAUCGCCGUUCAGGAGGGGUUCGGGAGCGGAGGCGUUCACCUUCUCCCUCACAUGUGGGGCCAGGACCACGACCAGCAGGAGGGCAUAGCCGGUCUCCAUCACCUGUCCAGGAGCGAUCAUCCCGGUUUGGAGGUCGUAGUGACCGCUUGCAUGAUCGGUCGCCACCGCACACCCGGAGCCGUAGCCGACCAGCCGCUCGCAGACGCUCCCGCUCCAGGUCUCUUUCACACUCUCGUUCAAGGUCUAGAUCACGUGAUCGAACCGGUGCUAAACAGCGAUCCGACCGUCUCGGUGAUGACAAUGGCAGGUCGAGGCGUCGUCGGUCCCGGUCGCGCUCACGUUCGAGAUCCACAUCCAGAUCGGACUCGCGGUCGCGGUCGGAGUUGAGGCGGGAUCUCGAAUAUGAAAAAGGUAAAGCGCGCCACGAGGGUAAGAAGGAAGCUGCCGUAAAAACAUCGGCCAUGUUUCUUGGGGCUAUUGCUGUGACUUCUUUAGCAGUCCACAAAUUUUGGCCCAAGGGUUUCCCAUAUGGAGACAAAGAAGAAUGGGAAACACGAGAAAUUCCCAAGCAUGCUCAGAAAGUAAAGGAAGAUCUUUUUGAAAAACGUGAGGAAGUCCAUCGAAAAAUUGAGGACAUGACGCACGGGCGGCGGCCCAUGCUGGAGGGUCGGCCCGGACGAUCCGACUCCAUGGCAUCAGUUGGCUCUAGCAACGGCCGGCGCUAUGCGGAAUAUGAUCGUGAGCGGAUGUAUUACGAAGAUCACCAGGACAGAAGAUUCUUGCCGGCGGCUCGGGAACGAGAGGGAAGGCCAGGGCCCGAUCAGGAGAUAAUCUGGGUUGAUCGAGAAGGUCGUCGCAUAGACCCUCAGCCCCGGAACGAAAGGGUAUACCGACGCCAGGAGACACGCUACAGGGGCGAUAAUGCUCCUCCUGUCGAUACAGGAGCACGGCUAGUCAGUCGUUCAAGAGAGGAAGUAGAAGUACACCAGCCACCCGCCCGGAGCAGCAGGCCCAUGCUUGAGGACGCCAGUCAACGGCCGCGGGAUAUGCCAUGGGAGAAUGACGAGAGACGAAAUUUACCAGAAGAUACUUCCUCUCGAUCUUCUUUGAAAUAUAUGGAACCUGAGGUUUCCAAGCCUCCUCGGUAUGAGAAGGUCACUACUCGUAAAGAACGCACGGUCAUCAAUGAGCGAGCCGUUUCUCCUCCUGACGAGUGGGUCAGAGAGAGGGACUUGGGGAGGGACCGACCGUGGAAUGAGCGUACCAAAGAACGACAUCAAACAACCGAGAAUGGCCGACUGUCCCUACAUGAUCUCAAGCGAGAUCAUGUCCGAACCCCGGACCCGCCGUCAAGAGAAAUCGUUACGGAGCAUCGAGAGGUUGUGCUUAGACCUGAUCAAUCGCUUGGUCGUGAGUACGAGGGACCACGAGAUGGAGACCGAAUCCGAGACUCGCCAUCAAGAGAGAUCAUUGCGGAGCGUCGAGAGGUCGUUCGUGAACGUGAUCUAUCGCUUGGUCAUGACCAUGAGAGACCGCGAGAUCAGAUACCAAAACGCAAGGUUGUCGAAACUCAAGAGAUCGUUCGAGAGAAAGUAAUCCCGCCCCCUGUGGAAUACCAUAGAGAAUCAGAGCGAACUCGGGAACUUGAUUUAGAGCCAGACAUAAUUACAGUGGAACGAUAUGAGAAAAUUCGCCAUCGGGACCUUUCUCCCCGAGGCCACAACCCCGCAAGAGACCGCCAACCCAAGGAAAUAAUCGUCGAGCAACAAGAGAUUGUCCGGGGGCGAGCUCACUCUCAUCCGCGAGACUAUGAAGACGAGCGAGAGUGCAAUAUGACAACAAAGAAGGUUAUCAGAGAGCGGCGCGAGGAAAUACGAGACCGUAGUCUAUCGCCACACUACGAGUAUGAGAGAACCCGCGAACAGCCGAGGGAGUUCCAGGAAGAGCACAGGGUGAUUCGCGAGCGAGAAAUCUCGCCGCCUCGUGAGUGGGACAGGCCGCGAGAAAGGCGAUCAAACCACGAAGUACUAGGUCCCAUCGAGGACGAAUACUUGUACCUCCCAGUACGUACGCGUCGGAAUGGCGCGUCGCCCACGCCACACUCGAGAAGGGGUGACAGGGAGCGAACGCGAGGGGAAGAAGUUGAUUACUACUGAACGUGUUUCAGUCGUAAUCUUUUUACCCCAGUAGACAAUGAGAUGGCCAUGGAUUAGACUGUUGUUGAUGGUGACAUGAUAUAAACAGCACACCCGGAUAUGACAUAAAUAUAGAACAG